AUGACUGACUUUGUUCGAAGUAGCUUUGCAGGCCAGUUUCUGCGAUUGGCUACUGGCAAGAAGAUACUCAAGUACCCCGAAGAGAGAGAUGGAUUCCACCCCCCCACCUGUUACGCAGACCCUACUGCCCCAGAGGCGUUGUUCAAACGCGACGCUGUUUCUGGAGCCAUGAUGAAGGCAGAGAAUGCUGCGGAAGGCGAGGGGCCUUCGAGAAGACCAUCAUCGCAAGACCGCGGCAGCACUCGCAGUGCAGAGUUGCUGGAAAGGCAAAACACACUCCCAAUGGAAGAAUCCGGCGCGUUGGCGAAGAUCACAACUCGACACGAACUCCAGGGCGUCCGAACACAAGAAGACCUUGAGCGGCUUUAUACAGCGGCUUUAUACAGCGGCUUCACACAGAGCGGAACUGGAGAAGGGUCCUUCCCAGCCAAUCGCACCUACGGAGACAUCGGAUGGAACAAUUUUGGUGGAUUGGUAGUCUGA